GGAGACCCCAGUUUUAACUUUUUUUUUAAAAGCCCAAAGCUUAGACUUCUUUGUCCCAUAAGCCGGCUCUGCUGUGUACGAAGAUAGAGAAAUGUCAUUAAUUGGUUGCGCAGAAAUUCAGAAUCUGGUGUCCAACUGUAUAUAUAUUCCUUUCUCAUGUAGUUUUAGAUGCACCCAAACAUAUAGGCCAAACAAGAGAGAUACAGUGCGGACAUGCAAUGGAGUACUACAGUGAUGAGAAAGAAGCGCUACCAGAUAUGCCGGUGAGUCCAAGCGGACAGUAUUUCAACAGCUCGGUGUUCUCACUCUCCGUCCUAGCUGUUAUGGAAUUCGAAGUUCCGCUUGAUGACUUACCAAUCAUGACAUUGGUUCAGGAUGUCUUCCUCCCCAUCAACCCACGCUUUUCCUCCAUCAUGGUUGGAGACGAGAACGGAGUCAAAAAAUGGAAGAGGGUGGAAGUGAGGCUAGAAGACCACAUCAAGUUCCCUUCUUUCCCUGCUGGAAUGUCGCUGGAAUUCUACGACAACUACCUCAAUGACUACUUGUCAAAAAUAUCCUUGGAUCGAUUCCCACAAAACAAACCGUUGUGGGAACUUCACAUGAUCAAAUACCCUACUCGUAAUGCAGCCGGAAACUUAAUUUUCAAGCUGCACCACGCCCUCGGCGACGGUUUCUCUCUCAUGGGAGCAUUUCUUUCUUGCUUACAGAGAGCUGACAAUCCUUCUAUGCCCGUAACAUUUCCUUCUCAUGAACCUAGCUCAAACAGGGAUGGAAAACAAAAUGGGAUAUUUCGGUGUGUGGGUCGGGUCUUCUCUGGGGUGGCCAAUACUGUGUCGGAUAUUGGAUCAGCCCUUGUUAAGAGUAGCUUCGUUACAGAUGGGCAAACACCGAUCCGGUCCGGUGAAGAUGGGGUGGAGUUCCGGCCUUGCGCAAUAACUACCUUAGCAUUUUCUCUUGAUCACAUUAAACAAAUCAAGGCCAAGCUUGGGGUUACGGUAAAUGAUGUAGUCACGGGAAUAAUUUUCUUGGGAACUCGGCUAUACAUGCAAGCAUCAUCAUCAUCAUCAAGCCAUGAUGAUCUUCAGCAGCAACAGGGCAACGCAGAUGCCACUGCACUGGUGGUGCUCAACACCAGAGGCCUGGGUGGGUACAAGACGAUUGGAGAGAUGGUGAAACCGGAUUCUAAGAUGCCGUGGGGGAACCACUUCGCCUUCUUGCAUGUCUCUAUUCCUAAGUUAAGUUGUAAUAAUGGUGUGUCGUCUGCUGAUGAGUCUAAUUCAAGCCCAAUCAGUUUCGUGAAGAAUGUACAUACGAUCAUCAAGAGGAAAAGAAACUCUGCUGUUGUUUAUCUCACCGGUAGGAUGCUAGAGAUUAUGAGGAAAUUUAGAGGCCAUGAGGCAGUAGCUCGGUACAUUUACACUACAUUGAAAAGCUCAAGCAUGACAAUGUCGAAUUUGAUUGGGCCAAUCGAGCAAAUGGCUUUGGCUAAUCGCCCCAUCAAGGGAUGCUACUUUACAGUAGUCGGUGGUCCAGAGAAUGUUGGAAUAACGAUGAUGAGCUAUGCUGGCAAGAUGAGGGUCACCAUCCGGAUAGAGAAAGGCUUCAUAGAUUUACAGACAUUCACUUCAUGCAUUGAAAAUGCCUUCGACGUGCUUUUCAAAGACGCGGUCCAGAAUACCCCACCAUCAAAUUCAUAAAAGUUGAUGCAAUAAAACUCUGGUUAAUUUCCAAAAGGCAAAUUGAGCUGGAGUAAAAAUAUACUAUAGCGUUAAAGCUCAUAUUGUGCGAAAAAUUAAUCUUAUAACUGUAUUAUAUAUGGACUGCGGUGUUUUUCUCUUUUUUGGGGAUAAAUUACCCUAACCCAUGUAUUACAUAUUUACAUGUUAUUACAUAAAUAAGCUCGCUAAACAAA